AUGGCAGAUUGGAAUGUAGACUUUGGAGAACAUCCCUGCAUCAGGGCGCAGAAGGCGUUGAUAGCACAACAGAGCAAAGAGGCUCAAACCAUCCUCCGCACGGCUUGCUCCGAGUGCAAACGCCGGAAACAAAAGACGGUUCUCGAUGUGAAAUCCCCCGAGGAGCGCCGGACUCAGCUCAAACAGUUGGUGGCGCAAAUCGAGGGACUGUGUUGCUAUUCUCACGAGUUACUCGAUCCAGUGGAUGGCGAUAGUGACGGCAGUGAUAUCGAUCUCGAGGAAUUGGGCUACUCUGCUUCCCACGUUGCCUCAAGUUACAGCGGCCCUCGCAAGUACCUCGCCUCCGCUAACACCGCAGCCCAGGAGAGACGGCGUAUAAUGCCAGAUUCCUUCAAGCCUGGCCGCUCUCCUCAUUUGCAAAAAGCCUUUCAGGUUCUCCCGUCUAGGUCAUGUGUUGAUGCUCUAGUGGAUAACUUUCUGAACUUUGUCAACUUUCGCUACUACAUUGUUCAUCCUGUAAUGUUUAGGCGAGAGUACCAAGAUUGGUGCAGCCGUGCUUACAAUGAUAAUCACGUUGAUCUUCAUUGGACUGCUCUCCUCCUGAUGGUCUGUGCAUGUUCAGCUCAGUAUCCCAGCGAUGCACUUCGGCGUGCGCUCGAGGCGGAGCAGGGUCUCCCAGUUCACCAAUUAUCCGAGAAGUAUCAUGAGACAGGUCGUAAGGUUGCAACGAGGAUUUCAGCAGGAAAAUAUGAUAUACACGCCAUUCAGACCUAUCUGCAUUCGUCCCUCUGGUUCAAGGCGAGGGUUCGAUAUCCUGAAUGCCGGCGUGAUUUGGCGACUGCCGUCCAAAUUGCCAGCAAAAUGGAUAUCAACCAUGAAGAAAAUACAAGUCUGCUUUUCGAAUACAAUUUGGAAAUGGGGAGUCGAGCGUGGGUAAUCAUUUGCGCGUGGGAUUGGCAGCUUGGAAACAUGAUCUCAUACCCCCUUAUUCUGCAGCCCAACCUUCAUUAUGCCAAACCGCCCGGAAUCCUACCAGACGAAGAGCUAAAAGAGCCCCAACCCUCUCCCGGCUUGUUCAUGUCGCUUCAAUCCGAACUCGGGAGCGCACUAUUACAGGCGUUUGGGAAGCUUGGGCCUCUGGAAGAAACGGAAGAUGCUAGAAGACACAGAAACAUCGUAGAGAGCUGGGCCGCGCGAUUGCCGCCUCACUUCUCUCUGCGAAACCCCGACACAAGUCUGGAUGAAGGUUAUCCAUGGCUUAGAUUCCAGCGAUUCAGCCUUACUAUGAUGGGCACGUUGUCAUUAUUAUCCCCCUUGCGGCCAUUUCUCAUUAUACCGCUGUCGACGGGAUCUCUAGCUGAGUAUCUACAGCUUCAAAGAGAUGGCACAUUGUGGGCUCUCAGAUACUUGAACAGACUAUUCCAGUUUCUGCGGUUUGCUUUCCCCAAUGAUCCAACAUACCACACUAUUUUAUUCUUCAUGUUCGACGUAUCCGUGCUCUUGUGCUCUGCAAUGAUACAUGAUAUAGAUUCGAGCAUGCCAAUGCGCGAAUCAGUAUUGAGAGCAAUCGAGGGGUCGCUUGGCGUGAUGAGAGCUUUGGAGCACCGCGCGCCGAUACCAAAGCAUUCUUACAAAAUCCUCAAUCGCCUUUACGAAGAGGUUGUAAGACCACCGACAACAGAUGAUGCGCACAGGGCCAAGAGGCGAAGGCUAGACCAUAUGCAGGAUCGAGUAUUCCCUAAUCGAAGAGUAAGAUACAUGCCUGAUCUGGAUGAAUUUUGGGACAAUUAUGACUUUAGUUUUACUAUUCCCGGAGAGAAUGGUCCCAUCAAAUCACAUGUCACGACCGAUAACGACGUUGUUGUCACUUCAUCAGCGAAAACACCGUCAAGCAGUAUGGUAACUGACGAACCGCCCACUCCAUCACAGAACGAUGAUGAAAACGUGGACAUCGUCGAAAUGUUAUCAGCUUGUAUUAGGUCGUCCAAUUUGGAAGAUCGAUCUGUGACUAUUACCCCAUCGAAUACACUCAUGCAUCAUAUAAUCGAGUCCGUACCAGAGCCGAUUGGAGAUUUCGACAAUAGCAAGACUCCUCCUUCAACUCACGAUGCAAUCGGCUUCGAACACUUGAUAAGAUAUCUCAACGACGAUUUUUGGGAUAGAGGAUGGGGGUUGGAUCAGCUUGAACCGCCAGGUCUUGUGGAGUGA